AUGUUCCAUGUUUUUGCUGAAGAAGACAGAAGACUUCUCAAGGUCUCAGAUUUAACAACUAAAUUGGAGAAGACCUGGCCAACCUUCAAAUGUGGGAGGAAAAGUAGCAGUGCCAAAUUCUGGUCGCAUGAAUGGACAAAACAUGGUACCUGUUCAGAAGAUGUUCUUGAUCAGCAUGCAUACUUUAAAGCAGCUCUCAAUAUCAAGGACAAAGUAAAUCUUCUUGAAAUACUUAAGAAUGCAGGGAUUCAACCGGAUGGGAAGUUUUACAAGUUAGAUGACAUUAAAGAAGCCAUAAAAGCUGGAACAGGAUACAAUCCAGUGAUUGAAUGCAAUACUGAUGCCUCAGGCAAUAUCCAGCUUUACCAUGUUUAUCUUUGUGUGGAUGCAGCUGGUUCAUACCUCAUUGAGUGUCCAGUGACCCUUAAGAGGGAUACAUCCAUAGAGCUUCCUAUGCUUUAGGGACCACGACAGAGAUUGGGUUAAUAAUUUUCUGUCCACAUCUUGUUCGGGAAGAAUAAGUGGGGUUGUAAAACCGCUGUUUUUGACUUAUGGUGAAAUUGUACUAGUAAAGUUGACUUUAU